AUGAAUUUUAAUGAUGAUAAAUUAGACCAAGGUCAAGUUAAAAAUAAUAAUAACAAUCAUUUUCAACCACAACAACAACAACAAAAACAUUUUAAAGGUACGAAUAAUGGUAUUAGGAAUUUCAAUGAUUUAAAAGUUGAAUUCGAACAUAUUAGAAAUAAUUUAAUAUCAUUAGAAUCAGAGAUAUCUAAAGGAAAAAGAGAUAAACAACCCUUUAAGAAUAAUUGUGAUAACCAAUUAUUGAUUAAAAAUCAAGAAUUAAAAAAUCAAAUUAGAAAAUAUAAAGAAAAUGAAAAUUUAUCCGAGAAAAGAUUAUCACUUCAAGAGAAAUAUCUUGAUGAAUAUAAAUCAAAUUUUAAUAGAAUCCAAGAAGAAAUAAUACAAAUUCAAGAAUCAAUUAAUAAUUAUAAAGAACUUUAUAAUGAUAGAAAUAAAACUGAAAAGAUAAUAAUAGAAUUGAAAACUGAAAAUAAGAAAUUAAUUGAAGAAAAUAAUAAAUCAAAUAAAGAUAUUCAACAAUUAAAAGAAGAGAAUAAACAAUUACAACAACUAUUGAAUGAUAGAGAUAAACAACUUGAAGCUGUAAAUCUAUCAUUUGGUCAACACAUAUCAUCCACUUCAAAGCAAUUUAAUGAUUCAUAUACCAUUAUCAAUAAAUUAGAAGAUCAAUUAACAAAACAAAUUAAACACUAUGAUGAUCUAAAUAAUAUUGAUAAUAUUGAAAUAAAUUUAGAUAUAACCAGUAAUAAUAAUUCUAAUCCAAAUUAUUUUCAAUAA